GCUGAUUCAAAAGAGGCUGACGUGAUGAUUCGUGUUGAGCGCACCACUUCGGACAUGGUGACUAUUCGAUUCACUUCCUACGAAUGGAACGCACGAAACUUGUAUGAAAUGCUGAGACGUUGUCUAGAGCUUUCCAGCGAUCAGACUGUCAUUCCAUCUUUACCGUCGAUUUGGUUGGAGCUUGCUGAACUCACCCAGAAUACUUUCAUUCUGUCUUCACUUAAACUGGCGGAAUCGUCUUCUAGUCAAAGUGGCCCAGCACAGCAGCAGCUGAGCGUAAUCGACGUUGACAUUCCUCAAUCGUCAAGCACUUCCAGCUCGGAUUCCGGAGCUACAAGUUUGUCAUCUCCCCGUGCUGCAGAUUCCUGUAUACCAGCAUCAAUGGCUGCUUCGCGAUUCGACCAGAAUUCGUCUCGUCAUUUAUCGCAGCUGCUGGACACACUUUCGGACUCUCUCACUACGCAGAUUUAUUUGUCCAGAACGAAGUCGAUCUGGCGAUGUUUACAACUUUGAAGGACGAGGAUUUCAUCAGCAUAGGAAUCCGCUCGUUUGGUGCCCGGAAAAUUAUGCUGAAUGCAAUUCAAGAGUUAUUUACGCCGCUGAUCGCCAUCGUCGGCGGUGAAUGAAGUCGCGGCCUUAUUACCUGGUCGGGGUUUUUAUCGUAUAAUUGAUUCUUUCCUAAUUCAGGACUUUUUUUAAAUUACUCCCUCACUUUUAAACCCUUGUGACCCUGUCGAUUAUGUGUCCGAUGUGUGUC